AUGGUCAGGGUGGGCAAGGACCCUGGGGCAUCGCUGGGAAUCAAGGAGAUGGUCCCUCCCCUGAAUGAUGUGGCCCCAUACUUCAAGACAGAGCCUGUGCGGACGCAGGUGCACCUGGAGGGGAACCGCCUGGUUCUCACAUGCAUGGCGGAGGGCAGCUGGCCCCUGGAGUUCAAAUGGCUUCAUAAUAAACAAGAGCUGACCAAGUUCUCUCUGGAGUACAGGUACAUGAUCACCAGCCUGGACCGCACCCACGCCGGUUUCUAUCGCUGUGUCGUGAGGAACCGAAUGGGCGCUCUGCUGCAGCGGCAAACCGAGGUCCAGGUGGCCUACAUGGGGAGCUUUGAGGAGAGCGAGAAGCGUCAAAGUGUCUCCCAUGGAGAAGCAGCUGUCAUCCGCGCCCCGCGCAUCGCCAGCUUCCCCCAGCCUCAGGUGACCUGGUUCCGGGAUGGCCGCAAGAUCCCACCCAGCAGCCGAAUAGCCAUUACGCUGGAGAACACCCUUGUCAUCCUAUCCACUGUGGCUCCCGAUGCAGGUCGCUACUACGUGCAGGCUGUUAAUGACAAGAAUGGGGAUAACAAGACCAGUCAGCCCGUCACUCUUGCCGUGGAGAAUGUCGGGGGGCCUGCGGAUCCCAUUGCUCCCAGCAUCAUCAUCCCUCCCAAGAACACCAGCGUGGUGGUCGGGACCUCGGAGGUGACCCUGGAGUGUGUGGCCAACGCCAGGCCCCUGAUUAAGCUGCACAUCAUUUGGAAGAAGGAUGGGAUACUGUUGUCGGGAGGUAUCAGCGACUUCAACCGCCGGCUCACCAUCCCCAACCCCACAAGCAGCGAUGCCGGAUACUACGAGUGUCAGGCUGCCCUACACAGCAGCAGCGUCCCUGCUGUUGUCCGGGGGGCCUACCUGUCCGUGUUAGAGCCGCCUCAGUUUACCAAGGAACCAGCGAGACACAUCACCGCGGAGAUGGAGAAGGUGGUGGACAUUCCCUGCCGGGCCAAAGGUGUGCCACCGCCCUCUAUCACCUGGUACAAGGAUGCAGCGGUGGUGGAGGUGGAGAGGCUGUCCCGCUUCCGGCUGCGUGGCGACGGGGGCCUGCAGAUCAGUGGGCUGGUGCCGGACGACACGGGCAUGUUCCAGUGCUUUGCCCGUAACGCGGCGGGAGAGGUGCAAACCUCCACCUACCUGGCCGUCACCAGCAUCGCCCCCAACAUCACGAGGGGCCCCCUGGAUAGCACUGUGAUCGAUGGCAUGUCUGUGGUUCUGGCCUGUGAAACUUCGGGGGCACCCCGGCCAGCCAUCACGUGGCAGAAAGGGGAACGAAUCCUGGCCAGCGGCUCCAUCCAGCUACCCCGCUUCACGCUUCUGGAAUCGGGCAGCCUGCUGGUCAGCCCCACACACAUCUCGGAUGCCGGCACCUACACCUGCUUGGCCACCAACUCCCGGGGAGUGGACGAGGCCUCAGCGGACCUGGUUGUCUGGGCCCGGACCCGAAUCACUAAGCCCCCCCAGGACCAGAGUGUCAUCAAAGGCACCCAGGCUUCCAUGGUGUGUGGUGUGACCCAUGACCCCCGAGUGACCACCAGAUACGUCUGGGAGAAGGAUGGGACCACCUUGGGUGUGGAGAGCAACCCCCGCAUCCGUCUGCACAAGAAUGGCUCCCUGCACAUCUCCCAGACGUGGUCCGGAGACAUCGGCACGUAUACCUGCCGGGUGCUCUCCGCCGGAGGCAAUGACUCACGAAGUGCCCACCUUCGGGUCAGGCAGCUGCCCCAUGCCCCCGAGCACCCGGUGGCCACCCUCAGCACUGGGGAGAAGCGGGCCAUCAACCUGACGUGGGCCAAGCCCUUUGACGGGAACAGCCCUCUGAUCCGAUACAUCUUGGAGAUGUCAGAAAACAACGCCCCCUGGACGGUACUCCUGGCCAGUGUGGACCCCGACACAACCUCGGUGACGGUCAAGGACUUGGUCCCCGCGAGGUCCUACCAGUUCCGCCUCUGUGCCGUUAAUGACGUGGGGAAGGGCCAGUUCAGCAAGGACACAGAAAGGGUAUCACUCCCUGAGGAGCCCCCCACGGCCCCUCCACAGAAUGUCAUUGCCAGUGGCCGGACCAACCAGUCCAUCAUGAUCCAAUGGCAGCCACCUCCUGAGAGCCACCAGAAUGGACUCCUUAAAGGUUACAUCAUCAGGUACUGCCUGGCUGGACUGCCCGUUGGGUACCAGUUUAAGAACAUCACAGAUGCCGACAUCAACAACCUGUUACUGGAGGAGCUCAUCAUCUGGACCAACUACGAGAUCGAGGUGGCCGCCUACAACAGUGCAGGGCUAGGCAUCUACAGCAGCAAAGUCACCGAGUGGACGCUGCAGGGAGUGCCCACGGUCCCUCCAAGCAACGUGCAGGCAGAAGCCACCAAUUCUACCGCCAUCCGCUUCACCUGGAACGCACCCAGCCCUCAGUUCAUCAACGGCAUCAACCAGGGCUACAAGGUACCGGGGGCCUUUCCCACUUACCAGAUCACACACCGGCUCAAUGCCACCACAGCCAACACUGCCACCGUGGAGGUACUGGCCCCCAGCGCCCGCCAGUACACCGCCACUGGGCUCAAGCCUGAGGCUGUCUACCUGUUCCGAAUCACGGCGCAGACUCGCAAGGGCUGGGGAGAGGCCGCCGAGGCCUUGGUGGUGACCACAGAGAAGAGAGACCGCCCGCAGCCACCCAGCAAACCAGUGGUUCAGCAGGAAGAUGUGAAGGCUCGCAGUGUGUUCCUGUCCUGGGAGCCGGGCAGCGAUGGGCUGUCCCCUGUGCGUUACUACACUGUACAGAUGAGAGAGUUGCCUAGCGGCCGGUGGGUGCUGCACUCAGCCUCCAUCAGCCACAACGCCUCCUCCUUCGUGGUGGACCGGCUCAAGCCCUUCACUUCCUACAAGUUCCGGGUGAAGGCCACCAAUGACAUUGGGGACAGCGAAUUCAGUGAGGAGUCAGAAUCACUGACCACCCUGCAAGCUGCUCCCGAUGAAGCACCCACCAUCCUGUCGGUGCUACCCCACACCACCACCUCCGUGCUGAUCCGAUGGCAGCCACCAGCUGAAGACAAGAUCAAUGGCAUCCUCCUGGGUUUCCGGAUCCGCUACCGCGAGUUGCUUUACGAAGGGCUGAGGGGCUUCACGUUGCGUGGCGUCCACAAUCCGGGAGCCAAGUGGGCGGAGCUCACCUCCUUGUACUCCACGCGGAACCUGAGCCGGCCCAGCCUCACGCAGUACGAGCUGGACAACCUGAACAAGCACAGACGCUAUGAAAUCCGGAUGAGUGUGUACAACGCUGUGGGUGAGGGUCCCUCCAGCCCCCCACAGGAGGUCUUUGUUGGAGAAGCAGUGCCGACUGCUGCACCCCGCAAUGUGGUGGUCCAUGGUGCCACAGCCACGCAACUGGAUGUGAUGUGGGAGCCUCCCCCACUGGAGAGCCAGAAUGGAGACAUUCAGGGUUACAAGAUUUAUUUCUGGGAAGCCCAGCGACGGAAUCUCACGGAGAGAGUCAAGACUCUUUUUCUGCCUGAGAACAGUGUAAAACUUAAGAACCUAACCGGCUACACAGCCUACAUGGUCAGCGUGGCGGCCUUCAAUGCCGCCGGGGAUGGGCCACGGAGCACCCCCACCAGGGGCCAGACCCAGCAAGCAGCCCCCAGUGCACCCGGUUCUGUCAAGUUCAGUGAGCUGACCACAACCUCGGUGAAUGUGUCCUGGGAGGCUCCGAAGUUCCCCAACGGCGUCCUGGAGGGGUACCGGCUAGUGUACGAACCCUGUACACCCGUGGAUGGGGUCAGCAAGAUUGUGACUGUGGAUGUGAAGGGGAGCAGCCCCCUGUGGCUGAAGGUGAAAGACUUGGUGGAAGGGAUGACCUACAGGUUCCGCAUCCGAGCCAAGACCUUCACCUACGGACCCGAGAUCGAAGCCAACGUUACCACGGGCCCAGGAGAAGGUGCACCAGGACCACCUGGCAUGCCCAUCAUUGUACGGUACAGCUCCGCCAUCGCCAUCCACUGGUCCAGCGGAGAUCCUGGCAAGGGACCCAUCACCCGCUAUGUCUUAGAGGCCAGACCUUCAGAUGAGGGGCUCUGGGACAUCCUCAUCAAGGACAUCCCCAAGGAGGUGACCUCCUACACGUUCAGCAUGGACAUCCUAAAGCCGGGUGUGAGUUAUGACUUCCGGGUCAUCGCAGUCAAUGACUACGGCUUUGGCACCCCCAGCAGCCCCUCCCAGUCUGUACCAGCCCAGAAAGCCAACCCGUUCUAUGAGGAGUGGUGGUUCUUGGUGGUCAUUGCCCUUGUCGGCCUCAUCUUCAUCCUGCUCCUGGUCUUUGUGCUCAUUAUCCGAGGUCAGAGCAAGAAGUACACCAAGAAGACCGAUUCGGGCAACAAUGCCAAGUCUGGUGCGCUAGGCCACGGCGAGAUGCUCAGCUUGGAUGAAAGCAGCUUCCCUGCCCUGGAACUCAACAACCGCCGGCUCUCCGUCAAGAACUCCUUCUGCAGAAAGAACGGCCUAUACACCAGGUCUCCUCCGAGGCCCAGCCCAGGCAGCCUGCACUACUCAGAUGAGGAUGUCACCAAGUACAAUGAUCUGAUCCCGGCCGAGAGCAGCAGCCUGACAGAGAAACCCUCGGAAAUCUCCGACUCUCAGGGAAGCGACAGUGAGUAUGAGGCGGACCCGAGCCACCAGAAGGCCCACUCUUUUGUCAACCACUAUAUCAGUGACCCCACUUACUACAACUCGUGGAGACGGCAGCAGAAGGGGAUCUCGCGUGCCCAGGCAUACAGCUAUACAGAGAGCGACCCGGGAGAGCCGGACCAUGCCACCCUCGCCAACAGCAACAGCACCCAACAGGGAAGUCUCUUCCGGCCCAAGGCCAGCCGGACUCCAACGCCCCAAAACCCCCCUAACCCUCCGAGUCAGCAGAGCGCCCUCUACCGACCCCCCAGCAGCCUUGCUCCUGGCUCCCGGGCUCCUAUAGCAGGAUUUUCCUCGUUCGUGUGA